AUCCUCAGAUCUGCUUGUAGCUGUAACGCACAGGCACAUCUUUCGGCUCCCCCUGCCCGGGAGAUGCGCUGGUGGCAGCCCCACAACAAGGCGCCAGGACCCAUUCAGCAGCCGGGAAGGGGGCGAUGGAGGUCGGUGUGCUGCAGAGCCCCGAUAAGCAGGCAGAUGUGGCUCGUCAGGCUGCAGGGGACGGAGCUGGGAGCAGUAAGGAAAUUGCACAAGAAAUCAGGCAGCGAUGGGCUGGGGCCGGGGGCUUGUGCAAGACAAGGGGCUUGGAUGGGACCCACAGGGGGACUGGGUCCUUGUGCUGCUUCUCCGUUUGGGGAACCGAUCCUCUGCCCGCUAGACCCCUGCACCCUCAGCAGCUAUUGAGCACAAGUAGGGCAGUGAGGGGCACGGCCUCCGAAUCAAAGCUGCCUAGACCUUACGCCACAGCUGCAAGGGAGAGAGAGGAACCGAGGAAAAAGCCCUGGCCAGACCCAGGUCCCUCGCUUUCAGCAGCCGCUAUCUGCCCUCGUGUGACACGGGAGACUGACGGGCUGACCCCGUAAAAAGCCACGAAGCCAAAGCGCUAGGGCCUUGUCUGCAAGCUGGAAGGGAGUGUACAUAGGGGCUGCCUCCUUCCCCCAGGAGAGUUGAUGGCAAGGGCAAGCUGGGGGAGGAUGGACAUGGAAAAUGCAGGAGGAGUCGGGCGCAGGCUGGUAGCAGCAGGAUCUGGUACGCGCAGGGGUCCAGGGGGAGAAAGAACUGGUCUGGCCUGCCUGCAUGGGGCGACACUGGGCCUGCACACCCACCAGUUUAGGUGGCUCCCUUUUAAAUUAAGGAAGCCUUCUACAAAGCUAUCAGUGCCACCAGGUUUUCACUAGUGCAUUUAUCUCGUCCCUUCUGACCCCCCACCCCCCAGGGAUCGUUCCCCAGCACCAGCCUGUCCUAGUCUCUGCAACCCAGGCACUCUGUACUUGUUUCUAGCUUUUCUAUUUCAAACCUGAAGUUAAAGGCUUAGAUACCACGCAUAAAGAAACCGUGCAGCAGCAAGGCAGAGGUGUCUGGUUGUGCAGCACCUUAGCACCUGGGCAGGAAGCGAGUAGAUGAGAAGCUUGGCUUUCAUUGAAAGAAAAAACCCUGGUGUUUGAUUUUGGGUGGGGGAGGCAAGCAGAAAGAACCCCCAAGGCAUCAUUUUUGGAGAGUUCGACUCAUGGCUCUUGAGCAUUUGAGGACCUGAGCGAUGAGGAAAUCCUCACCUGACCGGAGGUUCCCUAGAAGAGGCCACCCAAGGAGGUCCUGCCCACCCCACAGGGAGCCUCGCCCCCGUGAUUUCAGACCCAAUCCACACACCCCUGACUUCCCCAGGGGCGACGAGAGCCAGGGCUGGGCACCCCAUGACCAUCUGGAGCCAGCCAGAUGGGAUUAUGAGCAGGGGGAGUGCGCAGAUGAGUGGUGUUUGCCCUGUCCCCAGGACUUUGAAUGCUUCCCCUGCCCCCCAAAUGGCGAAGACUGGGGGUGGGAGCCUUAUGACGACUGGCAGCCGCACGUUUGGGAUUACCAGCACAGGAGACACGAAGACGAGUGGCACUCGAACAUGACCCCCGAUCAGCACUGCCUGAAGCCUGUCAUGCACAAUGCGUCCCUGCACCCGAUGGAGGAGUAUUGUCACAUGGGCGCACCGCUGGGAGACCAAGAGGCUGCCUGGUUUCCUCCAAGCUAUCGGGGCCGUGGCUGGAAACCUCGCCGGGGCCGGGGCCGUGGCAGCCGAGGGAAAUUCUCUUCUCAAUACCACAGCUUUCCACCCCGCAAAGAAAAGUUCAAGUCCUCCAGGCUGUCGGAUUCCUACUCCACAAAGAAUCUCAAAGUGAUCCAGCUGGAGCCCAUACAGGAGACCAGCAAGCAUCCCAGCCAGGCCAGCUCUACCACAGAAGCUGACCACCCCUCGUCUGAGGCCACUGAGCCACUUGAUCCCGUAAGGCCGGAGGAAACCGAGCUGGUCCAGCUGGGAGCCGGUCUGGAGGCUGCAGACUGUCACAGCCAGGCCUGGUCUUCUCUGGCAACUGAGCCAGUUCCAAUGGAAGAUCCCCAUUUCCUGCAGGGGGAGGAAAUCAAGCUGGUCCAGCUGGAUGUCAGCUGCCAGGCCACAGAGAAUAGCAGCCAACCUGCCUUUGAUGUGCUUCCUGAGCCCUCCACCCCACCGGAGACCACAGAGGACCUGUGUCCUGUGAAGCUAGAAGGAAUGGACGUGCAUCUCCCGCUGCAGCUGGAAGCAAGCCAUCUGGCCAUGGAUCAUCCCACCCAGGUUACGUCUGCUCUAGCUACCGAACCCCCAGCCCUGCCUGAUACCACAGAGGAUCUGCAUCUGCUGAGAAUGGAAGAGACUGAGAUGGACCAGCUGGGCACCAGUCUGGAGGCUGCCAGCUACCAGCACCAGGGCUCUGUUGCUGUGUUCACGCCGCCCCUGAGCACUGAGGACCGUCGCUCUGCAGCUAUACUGGCCAGGAAGGAAGAGAUCGAGCUGUCCUACCAGCAGUUCAGUCUUACCAUCGCAGUGGUGGCCACCAUGCUGCUGCAGAAGGAGCCCUCCAUGGAGGCGGCGAUGGGCUCGGCCCUGCGUGCCAACCUGCAGCAGAUUAGGGGCCAUUACCUGCAGGAGCUGGAGAAUUUCAUUGACAGCUACGACUCAGCCGCCACCAGCUCAUGAGACACCGCAUGGCUGGAGACACCUGUCCUUGGCUCUGGACCAGGUCAAGGGAGCGGUGCCUGCUGGAGGCUGAGGCCAGCCAGAUGCUUCUGUCAGCAGCAAUGGAGGGACCUGCUGGGGUUGUACGAGCAGCCAGCUGGCACAGACUGAGGGAGAAGGGCUCGGGGGCCUCGGUAUUGCUCUACAUUGGGCAGUGGGGUCUGGUCCUGAAAUGGGAAAGGGACUUCUGGCUGGGGGGUGACCGCCCUGAGGAGCUGCAGCCAUGGGGUUGAAGGGCAUGGGAAGGAACUGGGGCAGGAGCACUGUUGGUGCGGGGUUGUUGUGGAAGCAAAUUCCUGGACUCCUGGCAGUUUUUUCCAGCCCGGGGCUGGGUUGCAGCCUCGUGGCUUUACCUGGGUUCUGGGCAGGGAAGCCUACACGGGGCCUGGCAGCUGGCCUGGGGCUUGUGCAGUUUUGUUAGUAGAGAAAAAUAAAACAGCGGGUGAAAUUCCCCGUC